AUGUCUGCAGACGGCGAAGGCAGACAGCCGAGCCGACAUGUGAAGCUUCUUUCGCUCGACAAGCGAUGCCAGACGAGUGCCGCACCCCCUGCAGCGAAGACGCCCGAGGAAAGAAGCCGCUUUUUCCCUCCCAGAGGGCGCUCCGGAAGCACGCGACUUUCCGACUACUGUUACAGAAAAAGGCCAUCAAGGAGAUCCCUAGGCCAGUGGAUAUUGGCAGGCGUGUGGCUAUGUGUGAGCGGCGGCUAUAUAUGGGCACAUGCUCAGACAGAAGACAGUAAUCCACGCAGAGAGGCCUCCACUGACUGUUCUCUAAUGGACUCGCGCUGCCUGCUAAACUACACUGUCGAUUCCCCUGAUUUCUUUUACCAUCGACGGCAUCAGGCGUUGGCGGCUCCAACGAUCGCCCCUGCCCUCCUCCUGCAGGAGGAGCAGCAGCCUGGUGUCUCGCUGCGAGGAGAAGGAGAAGAAGCGAACGGAGGCGUCAACGAUGAAGUGGUGCUCACGGAGUCGGACGUUUUCCACUUUGCCGUGCGCCGACUGCAAAGCAUGGGCGCAGGGGGCAGCAGCAGCGGGGGGGGCGGACUGUUUUCACCGCCUCGUCAAGGCGAGGGGGGAGGCGGGGGGAGCAGACGAAGGCACCAGCAGACGCAACAGCUGACUCUGGAUCUAGGAGAUCCGCUGGAUCCCGCAGCCGCCCGUCCCGCCCGCCCCCUUUUGGAAAGCAACGGUCUCAUCUGCGAGGACGACGAGCGCGUGGAAGACUUCGGAGUCAAGUGCCGACUGAUCGCACGUUCUCUAGGAGGCCGUCUGGGGUGUGAAAAGCGACUCAUCGACAUCUCCCCCGACGGAAGACUGCCCGCAAACAUCCCCGCAUUCAGUCGCGUGGCAGACGCUUGUCCAAUGACUUGUGGGCUCUGCGAAGAGUGCGCUCCAGGCUGUGCCUUGUGGUUCCUCGGCAACACCUUGUGCGACGCUGUGUGCAACAACGCCGCUUGCCAGUUCGACGGGGGAGACUGCUGGAGUGCAGACUGCGUAGUAGGACCUUGGACGGAGUGGUCUGCAUGCAGCGUCACCUGUGGAGGGCCGGGGACGGAGCGCAGACGCAGAGAAGUCAAAAGCAGAGCCAAACAAGGAGGCACACCCUGUCCAAAACUCGAGGAGACGCGUCAGGGGUGCAAUUCCAACGUGCCUUGCCCAACACACUGCCAAGUCAGCGAAUGGGGAGAGUGGACGAGCUGCUCUCAGAGCUGUGGGCUUGGCGUUAGCGUGAGAGAGCGCCACAUUCUCAAAGAACCGGAUGAAGAAGGCGAGAAUUGCCCCACCCUGCGGCAAGAGCGACACUGCUUCCUGACUGCCUGCGCUGCGGACUGUCUCGUGAGCGACUGGAGUGUCUGGUCGCCUUGCGGAGCUUCUUGUGGAGGGGGUCAGCAGUCGCGACAGCGGCGUGUGCUUUCUCCUCCUAUUGCCACCGGCUCCGCCUGCCCCACACUGCUCGAGUCGAGGGCAUGCAACACCUUUUCGUGCGAUGGGGGGUGUGAGCUUGGAGAGUGGGGAGAGUGGACUGCAUGCAGCAAAGCGUGCGAGGGAGGCACAAAGACGAGGGCAAGAGCAGUCAAGGCUCUCGAAGCAGACGCAGACUGCCCCCCCAGCACGCAGACAGCGCCUUGCAACUUGCAUGACUGCGCCGUAGACUGCCUCGCCUCUGAGUGGAGCGCGUGGAGCGCAUGCAGCACAAGCUGUGGGGUCGGAGUGCAGAGAAGACUGCGCGAGGUUCUAAAGGAACCCAAAGGAGCAGGCAACCCCUGUCCCCUGCUCGAUCAGCUCAAGCCGUGCGAGCAAGGCGCUUGCCCAGUCAACUGUAUGCUCAGCGAAUGGUCCCUUUGGAGCGAAUGCUCGCAUCCUUGUGGUCUCGGAGAGCAACGGCGAACGCGCCAAGUCUUGGAGGCGCCUACUUCCGGAGGACGGAAUUGCAGUAAUCUCGAAGAAUUGCGCGCAUGCGGCGGAAAGUGCUCUCCGAAAUGCAUCCUUGGUGACUGGACAGACUGGACUCCUUGUGGUCCCCUCUGCCAGCAGGCUGGCGGCACGUCGAACCCCACAACUACGCGCAGCCGAGUGGUCUUAUUGGAGGCUCCAGACUGUCCUAAUCCUUCGAGUCUCACCGAGUUUCAGCUCUGCUCAGCUCUUGGAUUUCGCUGCGAUGUAGACUGCCAGGUGGGACCGUGGUCACAAUGGUCUGCAUGCAGCAAACCAUGCGGGGGAGGCAGCCGUAGGCGAACAAGGGAAAUAGUCAGAGUGCCUCAAGGCAACGGCAAGGCUUGUGGCGAGCUUGCCGAGGAAGUCGCUUGCGCAACGACUCCCUGCGAGACGCUUGAGGGGCAGACAGUCUUAGACUGUCUGUGGGGAGAGUGGUCAGAGUUUGGAGCUUGCGACACAACAUGUGGGCACGGAAGGAGACACUCUUCACGCGUCGUGCUUGCCUUUCCAAAAGACGCGAAUGGAAGAAUUCUUCAGCAUCUCUGCUCCGAUUCGGAGCGAUUUGAAGCCUGUCAAGGACCCCCCUGCCCGGUGGACUGUCAAGUCACAGCGUGGGGAGCUUGGAGCAGCUGUACAGCCACUUGCGGGGGAGGAGAGCAGCAACGUCAGAGAUCGAUCGUUCGUCAGCCCAGAGAUGGCGGCUUGGCAUGCCCUUCACUCGUCGAGACGCAGAUCUGCGGCUCCUACCCUUGCCCAACGGAUUGCUCUAUGUCUCAGUGGAGCGACUGGACACCCUGUUCUGCCCUUUGUGGCGAGGGAACGAUGCUUCGAACGCGUCGCAUUGUGACUGCUGCAUCCACCGACCCCCCUGGGCUUGCAUGCGGUCCAGUGCAGGAGGAGACGUCUUGUUAUUCCUCCGCAGGUCCGUGUGCUUCUGACUGCGUGCUGGGUAGCUGGACUGAGUGGAGUGCGUGCUCUGCGCUGUGUGGCGGAGGCACGCGGGAGCGUUUUCGCGGGGUCCAAGCCUUCGAAGUGGGGGGUGGCAUGCCUUGUGCGGGCAGUCGACAGGAGAGUGAGGCUUGCAAUCUGCAUGCAUGCGCCUUCGGCUGUUCUGUGAGCGAGUGGAGUGAGUGGACGGACUGCUCCUCUCCGUGCGCUCCUCCAGACGGGAGCUCAGCCACUCGCAGUCGCUACAGAGAAAUCCUGCGAGAGCCUUCUCCCGCGGAGCGUCUCUCCUGUCCUCCCCUGGAAGAAACGCAGAAGGGCUGCAACGCCAACGUCCCUUGCCCGGUGGACUGUACGUACACCCCGUGGACCGACUGGGGGGAGUGUCGCGGAGACUGCGAGGUCGGGAAACUGCUGCGCACUCGUCGCAUUCUCUCGGAAGCACGGUUCGGAGGAGCUGCGUGCGAAGAGACUGAGCAGACGGCAGACUGCGCUAUCGAGAAGGCGUGUGUCAACGACUGCAUUCUCGGCAGCUGGGCUGAGUGGAGUUCUUGCAGCGCUACUUGUGGAGGCGGCUACAGACAGAGAAUUCGAGAGGUUGUGGAGAUCCCCACGAAUGGAGGGGCUGCAUGCGACUCUCUGGAGGAGUACGAGACGUGUGCGGAGUUUAGUUGUUUUGGGUCCGACUGCAAAGUUUCGGAGUGGAGUGAGUGGGGAGAGUGCUCGAAGGAGUGCGGGGGAGGCAUUCACGCUCGAGAGCGGCAAGUGCUCUCCCCCCGCAUUGGGCAUGGAGCAGACUGUCCAGCGUUGUCGCAGCGGAGGGGGUGCGCUCUCCAUCGCUGCUCAGGAGCACCCUGCGAAGACAGCCCAGACGUUCCCCUCCUGACGGGAGUGGAGUGCAAAGUGCUGCUAGCCAUGGGCUGCCACAGGCGUCUGCAGGAGCUGGCGGAGGAGAACAAUCAGAUUUUUCCGGAGGAUCUCCCUCCAGAAGUUCGCGUCAGUGAUGCAUGCCCAAGAACCUGUGGCGUCUGUGCGGAGUGCGCUCCCGGCUGCCAGCUGAGAGAUCUCGGGAACAGACACUGCGAUGAAGCCUGCAACAACGAGGCUUGCCAGAAGGAUCUUGGAGACUGCGGAGGAGACUGUGCGCUCGGGCAGCUGCCUCCGGGAGUUCGAGUGGAGCCUGCGACUUCGAUGAUGACGGAGGGUCAGACGCUGAUUGCAAGCUGCGCGGACGGGGAGACGCGCUUCUCGCCUUUCUCUGCGCUGCGGCAGUUGGCGGUGACUUGCGCAGGCAAAGGCGAGUUCAGCCUGGAGCCUCCCGACCUCGUCUUGCAGCGCGACGAGGAAGCGGCUCUGCUUCUUCCUGGCUGCGCCUUGGAUCCCUGUCCCUUCGUGUUCGUCAGUGGCUUUGCGAGAGAAGCGGCCUCCUUCAACGGCGUCUUCCUCAGAGCGGAUCCUCACGGAAGCCUCCCACGCUUCGUGCAAGACAGUCUAGGCAGCGGCAGCGACAGCAAGCCUCACUACUUGUGGGCGCAAGAGCUGCCGCAACUGAGCAGCAGCAGCGGAUCCAGUGGCAAGAGCGACGGCAGUCUCACUCGGCGACUCGUCUGGCGAAUAACGCAGGCAGAUCCCAACACUGCAGCGGCGAACACGGGCCUUACUGCAGCCGCAACAGGCGGUGCAUGCGCAGCCGAAGUCGCGCGCGUAGACGCAGCAGUGGGGUGUACAGACAGCUGGGAGGUGGGCGUUGCGGGGACAGAGGGCCCCCGCAGCACGCAGCAAGCCGUUUUCAAGUGCAUCGACGAAGACGCCAAAAGCGAACUAGAACAGAAAGAGCUGCUCGCGCAAGGAGAGGAGCAAACCCUCCCUCAAGCUCCUCCCGUCACGCUGGUAGCCGGCAUCGAGAUGGUAUGCGAGGACCAACAGGAGGUGCAAGAAAAGUCGGGAAAGACAUGCGAAGCUCUCAAAAAGAUGCUCAAAUGCGACUUCCUGCUAGCCGACGCAGGAGUAGAGCUCCCCACCUUCUUACCGCACGAUGCGACUCUCGCCCUCGCCUGUCCACUGACGUGUGGUCUCUGCAAACAGUGCUCCCGAGGGUGCCCCUUGUGGUUCCUCGGAAAUCGCCACUGCGACAAGGCAUGCAACGUCGACGCGUGUCAGUUCGAUAGAGGAGACUGCGAAGUCGAAGGCCAGAACGUCGCGACGCAGACAAGAAGCGGCGGAGAGACGGAUCAGGAGGAUUCCGCAAGGGGGGGGAAGCCCCACAGUACCAGCAAGCCGCUGCAGCACCGCGAGGCAGACGCUGCUGCCGAGGCUAGCGAGGAUCCCGCAACGGCAUGCGAAGACGAUCCUCAGGUUCAGGCUAUGGGGUUCACGUGCAAAGUUCUCUAUUCUGUCGCUGGAGGCACUCCCGAAGGCUGCAACAGCCGCUUGCUAGAUCUCCGUCCAGAUGAGGCCCUUCCUCCAGGUGUACCACCAGUAACAAGAGUCAAAGACGCCUGUCCAAAGACUUGCAAAGCCUGCAACG